UGCCAGUGUAGACAUCUCAGGUCCAAUGGCUGCACUGAAAAACCCUGAUGUCUUGGAUGAGGUGUGCAAGAAAAUCGAUGAAUGUGAAAAGGAGCUUGAUCAGUUUGUGUUGGAGUACAACAAUACCAUGCACGAGAGAAAACAAAUUUAUAAGGAAAAUGUUCAAGUCGCGACUGAACAAGUUUUAAAAAAAUGCACAGACUGUAACCUGAUAUUGGAGAGGCAGAAGAUGAACAUAAUUGAUUGUGAACUAAUGGAUGUAGAAAGAGAGAAGAAAUUGGCAGAACUAUCAAAACUCCAUUCAGAGAUCUCAGAAAGAGAAAAUUUAAAGAGGGAAUUAAUUAAACAGAUUGAGCAUCUUAGAGAGAAACAAAUGGAAAAGAAAAAAGCACUUCAUGCUGCAAAUGAGAGGAACAAAGCAGUUCUGAAGGUACUCCAAAAGAACACAGAGGUUUUUAGGAAGGUGUUGGCCUUGGAAAUCAAAAGACUUCAUGGAGAGAAACUGCAGUUUGUUUUCAGGAAUAUAAGUCACAAAGAUCCAGACUGCCCGUACACUUUUGAUUUACAUAUCACUGAAGAAAACCAGUAUGAAGUGACAUCAUGUGAUCCAGAACUUGAAGAGAUGUCUCGGCUUGAAAGAAAACUGCAGGACACCAACAACUUCUCUGCGUUUCUUGCCAAUGUCCGGCAACAGUUUGUUGCUUUAUCUGAAGUCAGAACUUCACAGUAA